AUGGAGAUGGACAACAACCUUCUUACGACAAUGGUGGAAAGAUGGAGAAAAGAAACACACACAUUCCACCUUCUAGAGGGAGAGAUGACGAUUACGUUGAAGGACGUAGCCAUGCUGACAGAGCUUCCAAUCGAUGGUGAUGCAAUAAUUGAAAGUUCACAGAAACCAUUGAAUGGUUGGGGCCAAUUACAUACAGUACAAACAAUUCUAAAUUAA